AUGGCCAGGCUGCACCCGGCCAGGCCCCUGCACCUGGCUGGAGGGCGCAAGGCGGCGGACUGGUGCACGGUCUCCCGCACGAGGGGCGGUGGCGGAAGGGGUAGGUCCGGCCGCGCGGACCGAGCUCCUGGCUCGGGCAGGUCACCACCACAGGGCAAGCAGCCAUGAGUCUGGUGGCCUGCGAGUGCCCCCCGGGCCCUGGCCUGGAGCCUGAGCCUUGCUCCCGAGCACGGUCCCAGGCCCGCGUGUACCUGGAGCAGAUUCGCAACCUGGUGGCUCCCGGGGCCCCUGACGUGACCAAGCGCGACUACCUGGUGGAUGCAGCCACGCAGAUCCGGCUGGCCCUGGAGCGGGAUGUCAGUGAGGACUACGAGGCAGCCUUCAACCACUACCAGAACGGCGUGGACGUGCUGCUGCGGGGUGUGCACGUCGACCCCAACAAGGAGCGAUGCGAGGCUGUGAAGCUGAAAAUUACCAAGUACCUGCGGCGGGCCGAGGAGAUCUUCACCUGCCACCUGCAGAAGACCCUGGGCGGUGGGGCCAGCCCCGGCACGGGUUUCAGCAGCCUGAGGCUCCGGCCCAUCCGCACACUGAGCUCUGCCCUGGAGCAACUGAGGGGCUGCAAGGUGGUUGGGGUCAUCGAGAAGGUGCAGCUGGUACAGGACCCAGCGACCGGAGGGACCUUCGUGGUAAAGAGCCUGUCCAGGUGUCACAUGGCGAACCGGGAGCGGCUGACCAUCAUCCCGCACGGUGUCCCCUACAUGACAAAGCUGCUUCGCUACUUUGUGAGCGAGGAUUCCAUCUUCCUGCAGCUGGAGCAUGUGCAAGGGGGCACGCUCUGGUCCCACCUGCUCUCCCAGGAGCAGCCCCAACAGUCUGGGGGCAGGUCUGGCUCCAGCCCAGAGAGGAUGAAGGCUCCGCUCAACUCACCCCUCGGCCUCCAGACCCCAGCACCACUCCCCCUGGGACCCACCUGCCUGCCGGACAGAAUCCUUCGGGAGCUCCCACAGACUUCUCAGAGCCUUCCCCCAGCCAGGGGGGCCCCACCCAUCACUCCCCAGAGAGAGGCUGAAGGUGACCCCUCCACCGGGACCCAUGCUUCCUGCCCCUCGGACCUUCUGAAGGCCCCGGUUGGCCGCCUGCACCUCCAAGCCAGGCGGCGACCUGGCCAGAGCUUGGACGUGAGGCCCUCUUGGGGGCUCCCUUGGGUUCAUCAGGGGGCUGUCCGGGUGCUGGGGGCCUGUGGCCAAGGCAGAAGUCCGAGCCGCCCCUUAGCAGAUAGGGCCCGACCGGGGUCUGGCCGUGGCGCCUGGAGGGUGAAGGAAGAGCAGGUGAAGCAGUGGGCGGCUGAGACCCUGCUGGCCCUGGAGGCGCUGCACCAGCAGGGGGUGCUGUGCCGAGACCUCAAUCCCCGGAACCUGCUCUUGGACCAGGCAGGUCACAUCCGGCUCACGUAUUUCGGCCAGUGGGCAGAGGUGGAGCCCCACUACUGCAGGGAGGCCUUGGACAAUCUCUACAGUGCCCCAGAGGUGGGUGGGAUUUCUGAGCUGACGGAAGCCUGUGACUGGUGGAGCUUUGGGUCUCUGCUGUAUGAAAUGCUGACUGGAACCGCACUGUCGCAGAGCCACCCCUCGGGAAUCCAGCCCCAUACCCGGCUCCAGCUGCCCGAGUGGCUCAGUCGCCCAGCGGCCUCCCUGCUGACUGAGCUGCUGCAGUUUGAUCCUGCCCGGCGCCUGGGUGCUGGAGGCGGCGGUGUCAACAAGCUCAAGGCCCACCCCUUUUUCAGUACUACCCAGUGGAGCAAACUGGUGGGGUAAGAGGGGGCAGAGUGGGUCAUGGAGGCUGCUGGACUAGCCUGGAUCUUCUCUCCCCUCUGCCGCCCAGAGCUGGCCCGUCUAAUCAGUGACCCUCAGGCAAGGAAGGCAGGGCAGGUGCCCUUCCUGCUCAGCGCCACUCUUGGGCACCAUCGUAACCACCGCUACUGCCCAGAAGGGCCUGGGCGUCCCCCAGCCAGCUCUGGAGACCCUUUCUGGUCACUGCUGAGGGGGAGGGACAGGGAGAUCCCACCCAGUUGGGCAGCUCGGACCCCUCCGCCCAUCCAUCCUCCACCCGUCAGUCAACAGCUCCCUGUACCUUGACCGCAGACCUGCCAGGCCACAGGGUGCCUUCCGCAGCAUGAGCUCUGAGCUCCUGCCUGCCUGCUGAAUGGACGGCAAGGUUUCGUGACUCACGAGCGGCCAUGUGCCCCACUGGGGACAUCUCUGGAGACUCAUCUCAGGAUACUGGUCCACUGGCCCAGUGGACCCAAACCAGGGCUGCCCUGCCUGCUCAUCUUAGCCGUGCAACUUGGCCUCCUCCCCCUCCCAGGCUAUUGCUGCACGGGGUGGGAGUGGGGGGUACAGGAUCCACUCCCCGACCUGACCACGCGCCGUCUUACGACUUCAGACUGGAGAACAAAAGGCAGGCAGGAGAGAGAAAUAAGGAUAAGCAUCAGGGGAGAGGGAGAAAGGCACAACUCUGGCACUUAGUGUCAUUCUGAAAACAGAAUGAAGAGCUCUCUUCCCCAGCUAGCCCACCAGUGUGGAAAGGGGAGCCUACCCCCUAGGCCUCCAGGCUGGAGCAACUACUACACUUUGUACCCAUUACAAUCCCUUCUCAGGCAUUUGUCCUAUUUACCAUUUUGCAUUUUCGUCUUGAGGGUCCAUUUAAUUCACCGCCCACUGUGACUUCACAAAACACAUGGAAUGAUUGCCUAAGCUUUUAGCCAGAAGCAGAAUGUUUCUGGUCCCCGAAGAGCUGGGGUAAGUAGUUACCUCAAAGACAAUCCCCUCCCCAGGUUUGGGGGUCCUCUGAUUCCCCUCGGGGCUUACCCUGUCACUGGGGUGUGGGAAGGAAAUUUCCACCAGACCUCUGCCCCCAACUCCUUCCUUCCAGGGUCUCCAACACCACCAGGGGACGCCUCUGACCUCCAGUCUGGCUGUGAAGGUCCAACUCUAACUCUAGGGGUAGAGACCAGUCCUACAGAGGGCACACGGGGGGAACACAGCCUGCGCCUGCUUUCCCUGGGCCUUGCCCAUACCCCCCACCCCCCAAUAAAGCCUGCCAUUGCCUAUGGUGUCCUUGCCUCCUGAAUGCAACCAGAGCAGCCCUGCUGGAAGGGAGAGAUUGGAAGGCUCCCCCCGAGAAGCCCCAUGCUAGUCAAGAGUGAGCUUGGAGUUCCCUAGAAGGUAGGAAGCAGGGCUGGUCGUGAAGGGCAUGUCAGCCUGUGCCCCGCAGAGAAGCUCUGAGAGGAAGGGAUGGCAUGUGGCGGGGGGGGGAACCUGGGAGCUGUGGGAAAGAGAGAAGUCCUAGAGGAGGGUCAUGGUACCUGGGGGGCAGGGGUGAGACAGGACACUAGUCUAAUAAUCCUCACAGUGACCCCGGAGAUGGAUGGUGGCUCCCAUUAAAGACAUGAUAGGGCCCGGUGGAGCCUGUCCACAAGUCUGUCCUUUUGCUAUGCUAAGUCAGGCCGGGCUGCUUCCAACCACUGCCACACGGAGGGUGAGUUGCUUCUGAACUUCUGGGCCUCAUCCGUGCAACAAACACCUGCACACCUGCUACUCUGCUGGGCCGUGAAUACUGGUAUCCCAGCCCUGAUGGGGCUAAUACUACCUCCGUUGUAGGUUUCCUAGAGAGUUUCUAGCACCAAGCCCAGGAGAUUGAAGUUCUGCCUUUCCUGAAACCCAUCUCCCCCCACCCCCACCCCAUUAGCUCUAGUUCUGCCCUCUGGAGCCACUGCGUUCCUGUGACAGACCUUCGCCAAGACAUGGCAUCCCUGCAGGCCCAACAGGUGGGGAUGGUGUUUAAACUCAGAAGCCAUAUGCCUGCCACCCAUAGUCUAGGUUGGCUCCCAACCUUGUCUGCCUCCCUCCCAGACCCCUGCUCCCAGGGGGUGAUCUACCCUCAUCAGUGCUUACUGACCUCGGGCACCCUUGUAUACAUGUGGCAAACAAGUCCAAAAUGCAAAAUUGUCUUAAGUUGUGCCCACCUCCUCAAUCCGUCCCAGAAAUGCUCGUCUGUUGGCGUCUGGGUCCCACCUUUUUGAAGCCACCGCGAAGUCUCUUCAAGGGUGUGGCCUGUCAGGCUGCAGGGGCUCCCCGGAAGGAAGCCAGGCACGUUCCUGGCAUGCGGACGGCUAGGGUUCCACCUGCUGUCAA